AUGAAAUCCCCAACGGAUGCAGAUGAGGUGAACUUAGAUGAACCAACUCUUGGUACCAUCCUUCGGCCUCAUACAAUCUCAAGAGCAAAUACAUACACCAUUUUCAUAUUCUUGCAAUCCAUCAAUUCAGCCAUGGCCUCCAGCAAAUCACUCAUCACAACUUUUCUUCUUGCUCUGACCUUCUCAAGCAUGAGCAUGAGCCUAGCAGCUCGCCAUCUUAUGCAAACAACUGCACCAAAUUUGCCAGGCAUUCCCUCUUUGCCUAAACCAACAUUACCACCUUUGCCUUCUCUUCCAACCAUACCUCAGGGUCAGGGUAAUGUUCCACCAUUGCCUACAAUCCCAACAGUGCCUCAGCAGCCUCAGGGCAAUGUUCCACCUUUGCCUACAAUCCCAACACUGCCACAGCCUACCCUGCCAUCUCUGCCUACUACUUUGCCUCCACUUCCCAGCAGCAUUCCUACCAUUCCAACACUUCCACAGCUCAACCCGCCAUCAUUGCCAACCACUUCGUUGCCCUCAAUCCCUACAUUCACAAUUCCAACUAUGCCCUCCAUCCCAUUUCUCUCCCCACCACCUUCCACCUCCUCUCCUUAA